UAAUAUAUUUUAACGUAUAGUUAUUUAUAUUUAAAUAGAAUUUACGAAUUUUAGUAAUAAAUAUAUAAUUAACAUAUAUUUAUUUUAUUUAAUUACAUACUAAAUAUUUUAACGAUUUAUGCAAUCAAAAUGAUUUUAGAAUUUCAUGUUGUAAAGAAUUUGAAUUGCGAAAAUACAUUUGAAUUUGGAAAACAAUCCUAAUCAGUUUUUGAUUCAAACACAUAAACUCAAUUAUAAUCCUAGCCCAAAUAACAAAGCCCAAAAUAAAUAACCCCAAAUAAACCCAUAACCCUUUCUCCUAUUCAACUUCACGUGAAACAAAAAUAAAAAGAGAAACAAAAGAAAACUCUCAAACCCUUGCUUCACCAUUCACGUGAAAACGCACAAGACUCUCUGCUUCAGCCACCGCCGCUCCUCCUUGCUGCUAUCCCUCACGCCGCCGUUCCUCUCCCCCGCCUUCACUUUCGUUGCUGCAGCCUCCCUCGCCGUCGGACCACCAUCACGCCACUGUUUCGUUCGCAGCAACCACCACCGCGCCACCAGCCGCGCCCAUAACGAUUGUUCGCCGCCGCACCACCAACAACCAUCGCGCGGACGCUGACACCCUCCGCCGUACUCCUCCGACCAGCGUCGCCGCCCACUGUUGCCGCGCCGCCCUGCCUGCCGGCCAGCAGCUUCCCUCUCCUCUCUUUUUUUUGGCGGAGAAUUCUUUGUAGGCGACUUUUGAAUUAUUAAAGUGGUCUUGCAGUUUGUUUACACAAGGAAUAAAAUGUUUCUUUCCAAGUAUACUAACAUAGGAUCCUUCGAGAAACUUGAUAUAGAAACCCCUGAUAUUUACGUGAAGAAAAUUGUGUUUGGAUGUGAAUAUUAUGCUAAAGUUCAAGGGCAACCUAUCUUAAUGAGAAAGGAUAUCAUAGCAGCCACAAUCAUUAAUUGCUUACCUAACAAAUUUCCAUACCUAGAACUCAAGGAAAAGUUUAAAGACAUGCAUUCUGAUAAUGGGACUCCAAACUUGACUAAGUAUGGAACUUGGGAUGGUAGAUGGAAAUAUGAUUCAGAAAUUCUGACCACCAUUAUUGAAGCGGCAGAAAGUGGGUUUAGAGACGGUAAAAUCGUAGGGAGUCAUGUUGGAAAUUCAGUUACAGAAGAACCUAUGGGAAUUAGUGUAAAUAAUGACCUAGAGGAAAAUGAUGUAGCUGUGGAGAAUGAGAAUGUAGGUGUUGAGGCAGAGUAUCCUAACCCAGCGGCUCAUGAGCCAACCAUUGAGAUCUCUAGUGAUUCGGAUGCAGAGCUCGAAAGUGAACAGGAGAUGGCAAGUGAGCCUAAUCAAGAUGAAGACAUGGGUGAAGAUGCAAACCCUGAGGAAGACCCCGAUGAAGACCCUGAAGAAGAGUUCGAUAAUCUUGAGAUCUAAAUUUCACUUCGCAAGUUUCAGGAGCAAUGGAUAGGCAAGAGGCCACAAAUAUUUUGAAGUCAUAAAUAGUUAAUUUAACUCUUUUAUGUUUUAGAGAAUAAGUAGCGAAGCUACAAUAGUUUAAAGUUAAAGUUUAUUGAAGUUUGAAAUGUUCUUUAUUAUUUUGAAGGAUGUAAUAAAUAUUUAUGGAGUUAGCAAUAAAAGUUAAAGUUUUCAAGGAAUUGUUCUUUAUUCUAUUUUGAGGAUUCCAUAAUACCCCAACCUUUAGGUAACACGUCAUGGAUUAAUUUUCCAUUGGUUGCAUACUCAGUGUGAAUUGUGGAUCAAUUUAAUUGCCACAAUAAUAUUAAAUGAUUUGAGUACAUAAAGAAAGUGAGGGCCAAUCUAGACCCUCAUGACCAAUAUGAUUCAAAAGGUUAUGCCCUAUGUGCAGUGUGUGAAUGUCUUUCGUGAAUUAUCGAGGAUGAUUAUUUUUCAAUGAUUAUUGCAUCUUGUAGACGAUCGUUGCACCUUCAUAAACGAUUGUCGUGCCUUCAUAAAUGAUGUGUAUUAAUGUGAACAUUGUUGGUUGAGGCGAACUUUAUGGUCAAUUCAAGUAUUAAAUUGUAUGGGAUAACGUAUAGGUGAUGUUUCAAACCUAAAGUAGAGUAUACUAAUUGCAGGCCGCGUUCUAGAAUGGCCAACAAUAAUGACUUAGUUGUUGCUAUUCGCCUCUUGGCGGAAAAGAUGACCCCACCUUUUUAGAAAACCAGAUUGGAGAGUUUGAGAAAUUGUUUGGGGAUUUGAAUUGUCUUGAGAAUAUGAGAGUGGGUCAAGUUGUCAUGUAUUUGAAAGAUGAAGCCGAUUUACA